GCUCCGGCUACCGCCGGCUCUACCCACAAUGCUCUGCACACCCCCCCCCCCUUCGCUCGUAGCUUCGCCGCCAUCUUCUCCACAACCGUCGUGUACAAGUAAAUUUUACUUACCAGAGAUACCUAGGCGACAGUAUUCGCUUCGGCUGCACGUGUUUUUCUUUUUUUUACUUAGAAUGCCAUGCGACACAAUUUGUCGUCGAACACAGCCCGCGGCCCAUUAGGUUGGGCCUACCCCAUUGGGCCGCACCCCUUCACUCCUGGCCGUUCCUGCCGGCUCGGGCUCCGCAAUCCCCGCGGUGCUUCUAGGCGAAUACGAGGGCUCGGCCUAGCUCUGUGGCGUGCGUGGACAGCGGCCGCGCGGCGUCUUAGAGCGAAACUGGGCGAGGGAUGUCGGCUGAAGACUUUGAAUUGGAGAAGCCCGGUUCGCAGCGCCUGCGUAGGAGGCGGGCAACCGAUGACUGGGAUAGUGAUGAACUAUUGAGCGAUGAAGAGACAUUUAAUACUAAUGGCCCGGCAGGAUUACUGGGAAGUAAUGAUGAGGAGCUCAAUGAAGAUCUGCUCUUGGAGAGUGAUGAAGAUGCUGAGUUCAAGGGCGGAGGCUUCUCACUGGCCCCGAGCUCGUCGGCACAGCCUCCACGGCAAAGCGGGGCUGGAGACGGAGGCGGUGCGCGGGAGGCCCAUCAGAGCAAUUUUCAGCAGCCGGAGGGGGGGAGCAGCUUCGGGGACUCCGGUCAUGAGCAGCAGGGGAGCUGGGAUGCGGGAGAUUCCAAGGCCGCGCAGCACGAUGACGAGCUGAACACGUACGGGGACGACGCAGUGCUCGACCUGGAGAUUGACGAACCCCUCGAUGACGACUUUCAGGAUGAUUCAUUGUUGCUGUCAGAUUAUUCCCGGGGUGCUGCUUCCCAUGGCAAACAAACCGAGCCUCAACAGCCACCCAGGGAAGAGCAAAGCUGGCAGGGGACGGCAUGUGAAGCUCAAGGGGCGACCUCGCAAGGGGAACCACAAGCAGUCAAAGAGCCCGAUGUUCCAGAGGCUGCUGAGGAAACAGAAGAGCAAGUUGAGGACGAGCAGACACCAGAUUUCACGAAAGAAGAUGGGCUCUUGGAGGAUGAUGAGGAAGAUGAGGAUGACUCAGGCCGUCUGCGAUUCAAGACGGAGCGCAAGGAAGGCUCGGUCAUUCGUUCUUUGAUCAGCACCUCGCGUACCAACAGAGAGAUUCCUGACACACUGGAACUCUCCGACGAAAUGAAGCAGCAGCUGCAAGAAUUUGAGGAUAAGGAGAUGCAGCGCAAGCAGCAGCACUGGCGAGGCAGGGGCCGGGCCCGGGGCCAGCAGGCGGUGGGCAUGGGCUGGGGUCCACAGGGCAGAGGCAUGGACCACCCUAUGUUCCAGCACCACCAGCACAACCACAUGCAGCACUUCAUGAUGGGAUCAAGAGGUCCACAAUUCAGAUUCCAGGGGGGUGGACUGAUGAACCACCCAAUGCCAUUUUUCGGGAGAGGUGGCGGCAUGGGAUUCAUGUUUGGAGGCGGCCGCGCAGACAUGGGCAUGGGCGGCCCUCACUUCCACCAGCAGCAACAGCAGGGCCUCCGCUCACAGGUCCCUCACUUUCAUGAGCCCCGUGGAGGGGGCCCCAUUCAUCCUCGCCAAGAGGGGCCUCGCCAGGGAGGCCCACACCACGAGGGUCCCCGUGCCGAACCCUAUGGGCAAGCGCCUCCCCGGCAGGAGCCUCCACGGCAAGAGGCUCCACGCCAAGCAACCCACCGGCAGGAACCGCCCAGGCAAGAGGCUCCCAGACAAGAAACCCCCAAACAAGGGACCCCCAAACAAGAUUCUCUCCGGCAACCCAUCCGUCCAGAGCUGCCCCGCAUGGAGGUCCCACGCAAGGAGACCCCUCGGCCAGCGGCUCCCCAGCCAGCAGGUCCCCGGCCAGCGGCUCCACAGCCAGCAGGUCCCCGGCCUGCGACUCCACAGCAGGCAGGUCCCCGGCCUGCGACUCCACAGCAGGCAGGUCCCUGGCCUGCCGGUCCACGCGCUGCGGCUCCACAAGCUGUGGCGCCUCGCACUGUGGUUCCUCGUCCGGUGUCUUCCCAGCAAGCCGCUCCAUGCCAAACGGCUCCACGCCAAGCGCCACCGCACCAGGAGGCUGCCUGUCAGAUGGCUCCGCACUCGGUGGUCGCUUGCCAGGAAUCCCCCUGCAAGGAACCACCCCGCAGCGAAGUGCCCCGUCCAGCUGUGCCCAGUGUGGUGGCGGUGCCCAGGCACGAGCCACCUCGGCACGAGCUGCCUCCCAGGCAGGAGGCUCCUCGGCUGGAGGUGCGUCAGCCUCACUCCCCAACACCCAUCCAGCAACAGCAGCAGCACUCGAAGAAGAUCCACAUCAAUCCACACUUCCGUGGCCCCACAUCCACUGCGUCGCCUCCAAUAGUGCCAUUACCAGUGAUGUCAACGCCAAACCAACCUGGAAUCAGUCCGGCUCCUCAACACUUUCCACCUCCGCAGCAACCACCACCACCACCCCAAGGCCAGCAGCAGCAGCAGCAGCCUCCGCCACCCAUGCCACAGAGACCCCCAGUAUUUGAUGGGAGGCCUGGACCCACUGGCCCUGAGCAGUGGGGCCCCCCCAGGACUGUGGGCCAUGAUGACUUCUUCAAUAGAGAGCACCGUUUCCCAGGGGAAGGAGGGUUCGAGCACUAUGACCCUGGUCAUCAUCAACAGUUCCCCGGACAGCCGCCUGCUCCUCCGGCCCCAAUGGGCUUCAACCCCAACCCACAGCAGCCAUUGGCUUUUAGUAAUAAUGGCCCACGACCAGGCCUUUCUGCUCAGUCCAUGUUCAUGAGGGAUGGGCCAAGUGGCCUGGGUGGGCCCAGUGCACCAGGUGGUCCAGGUGCAGGGCUGGCAGGGCCCAUUGGAGGUCCUGUUGGCCUCGGUGGGGGACCGGGUGGGCCUGGUGGACCUAAUGUUGGGCCCAAUCAUCCCGGUAUUGGGCCUGGUGGACCAGGUAUUGGACCAGGCGGUCCUGGUAUUGGGCCUGGUAUUGGGCCUGGUAUUGGACCUGGUAUUGGACCUGGCAUUGGGCAUGGUGGGCCUGGUAUUGGCCCUGGUGGGCCAGGAGGUGGGCCAUGUGGACCAGGUGGUCCUGGGAUGUAUCAACAGCAGCAACCAGACAUGCAUGGGCCCCGUCACUUUCCAGGACAGCAAGCCCCCUUUAACCCGCUGUCAAACCAGCCGUUCAUUCCCAUGCAGGCCAACCAGCAGCCAAUGAGCUUGCGUUCCAUGAAUAUCAAUCUUCAAGGCUUUCAGAUGCAGGUGCAGCAGCAGCUGCAACAGCAACUUCAACUGCAUCAGAAUCAACAUCAGCAUCAAAACCAACAUCAGCAGGCCCCGUUUCGGCCAAUCAUGCAGUCAAACAUGGCACAGCAGCAGCAACAACAACAGCAGCAACAACAACAGCAGCAGCAGCAGCCUCUUUUCCAGCCAAGGAACCAGCACCCACACUCAGUGAGAAAUGAAGUCAUUCAACAUCCUGGGCUGCAAGGCCAGCCAAGAUCACAGGGCCAGUUUGGACAACAGGGCCAGUUUGGACAACACAGCCCACAUCAACAGCACAUGGACCAGAGGCCACCGGACCAGAUUUCCAUGCAGGGUUUGCACCCUUCUCAGGCAGGGGGGAGACAACAGCCAACACAGGCACCAAACAGGGCCCAGAGACUGCAAGCUCCUGGACAAGCUAAAGUCAGAGCAAACCUGCCGAAUCAGCAGCAACUGCCCAAGCCACCCCCACCAGCUCCCCGAAACCUGCGUGAGCUGCCCAAGGUCGAGCUGCCCCCAACCCCUACUGCUACCGCCAACACCACCCCCGCCGCCGCUGCCGCCGCCGCCGCUGCUGCUGCAAACGCCGCCAACAGGCAGCAGAGGCUGCUGGGGGCAAGCGGUGUUCGGCACACAAACCAGCCCAUACCAACACAGGGCUUGACUGGACGUCUGAAACCUGCUCCAGCCUCCAUGCAGCGGGAGCCACAGAUGGGCAGGGCGGUCGUAGGUGGAACAGUGCACGCUAAAGUACAGGCGAGCGGGGCACCGAUAAACCCUGAACCAGUGACAGAGAAGGGUCAAGGGGCCCAGGAUGAGGAUGAGGAGAUGCGAUUGUACCACCUCAAGCUGGAGCAGCAGAAGCGUCUCCGUGAGGAGUUGCUGCGUCGCAAGGAGGCUCGGCGCCACCAGCAGGCGGGCCAGCGCAAGAAAGAGCUCUUGCAGCGCAUCAACCAGCAAACUCCCGCACAGCAGUUUCAGCAGCCGCCGCAUAACCAGCAACAGCCACCAAAUCAACAACUACAGCAGCAGAACCACCCACUAAAUCAACAAAUGCAACAGCAGCAACACCAACCGCCAAAUCAACAACUGCCGCCGCAGCACCAGCAGAACCAUCCACAAAACCAGCAGCAGCAGCAGCAGCUGAACAAUCAGCUUCGCACACAGCCUGCAGUAGCGCAGCAGAGAAACUCGCAGCCGUUCGCACAGCAGGGGACAGCAUCCACUGCCUCGGUCCAUCCACAGCAGAUGAGCAUCAAAAACCGCCUCAACACAGUCAAGCCUAAAGUCCCCGUGGUGGGACAGCUAGGUUACAAUCAGGCGGCGGCCACCGCCGAAGCCACCCGCAGGAACGUGUCCAUCAUGCAGCAGCGUAGUCAGGCGGUUGGUGAGGUGGUGCAGCAGUUGCCACCGGGGGGCAGCCCCGUGCCAGGAGGUGGCCUGAGCAGCACUGUGCCGGUGCUGGAGAGGGUCGGAAUGAAGCGCACUGUGGUGCAACGGCAGGACAGCGAGGCCGAGAGGCAGCACAUGGGAAUGGCCAAGGUGCGCGUGGUGACAGAGGACCCUACUAUGCUCAUGGAAAACAUUUUGUCGGCUGGGUUGCAGCCCACAGCGCAACAUCAAUACAAGCAGGCACGGGGAAUGGCACACGGGACACCCAUGCAGCAACGGCGGAACCUCCCGGGCAUUGGGCCCAUGGGACAGCCCGGCAACAGGAUGCCCAUGGCGAUGCGAGGCAAGGGGGGAUUUCCCCCUCACAUGGCUGGAGGCAGGGGGCAGGCACGAGGAGUUCCGCACCCCCAGAACCUGCGUGUUGUGGAGUGCAGGCCGCAGCCCAGUCGCGUUUCUAUCGAUGGCCUCUCCAUCAACACCUCUGAGGGCCAGCUGAGGGCCAUCUUAGGCUCAGUGGGACCCAUAGAGACUUUGGAGAUGAUGCCACAUCACCGACGAGCUGUCGCCACCUUUAUUGACCCAGCCCAUGCUGUCGACUUCCAGCAGCAAUACCACAGGCACAUGGUAGACCUCUCGCACAUUAACGUCACGGUGCUGAUGGAAGGGUGAACUUUGCCCGCGACUCUUCGCCUCCCUCCAGCGCUCCCGUUGCCCCCACAGCAUGCAGCGCUCGUUGGACCGAGACAGAGAACGCCUCCCUCCUCAAGAGAGCCUCCUCCAUUCUCCUCCCCGCGUGCACGGCAAAGCACGCUACUCGAUGGUAACAUGGGUAAAGCCAUGUGUCGGCCACAGCGUUCAGAUGAACUGACAGCAAUGGAGCAUGGGCUGUGAUUUGUAGCGGACUCGGGAUGAGUGACAAUUCUCCGUGGCACGACAGAUGAGAAGAACGGACAAUGUGCCCACCACUGCGGUUACGGCAACUGCAUAUGUUGUAAUUAUUUUUGUCGCGGAAGUUAUACAUUUUAUUGCCUUGUGUCGUAAAUAAAAUCGGGCAACGAUUUAGCUUGCAGAGUUGUUAUUAGUAGAGUUGUGUUCACGCCUCUGUGCUUAUCUUUGUUGUCAUUUAUUGUAAAAUAUAGUAGGAAGCAGGUUAGUGGUCUCUUGAGUCACCGUAGAAUAAUAGGGAGGAACCCAGUUAGAUAUUUUUACAUAGAAAAUAAGUGUACUCCUUCCAUAGAAUUUCAGAUCAAUCACCAAUAUAGACAUUGGUCUUCAUUAUAUUUUUUAAAGUGAGAUGAUCACUUAAAUCUAAAAUAAGACUUGCAUUGCAAUCCCAGGGCUAACGUUUUGUUUGAAUUACCAGGUAGCCUAAAUCAGGACAGUUCUUACGAUGUUGCCCAAAACACAUUUUUGUUAUUGUAACAUAGCUAUUGAUUAUUUUGGCCCAGAAAGUAAAACGUUGCUUUUAAUUCCUCAAAGCCUGCAUUUUGCAGUAUACAAUGAGUUGAAAGCUGUAGUGCAACAAAUGGCACAGAACCAUGUGAAAUGCACAUGUAUCGGCCUGAUGCAUUUGUGUGGCAAAACCUCUUAGCAGGAUUUUGUUUAAUUAACUGAAGCUUUAUGCCUUCUUGUUAAACAAUAUACUUAAUACUAAUUUGCAGCCUUUGUAUUAGUUAAUGUAACUAUACAAUUCAGAGUUCUGCUUUGCGAAAUCUUCAUGCCAUUAGGGAAGCGAUUCUUGGCCUGCCUUUAGAAGUCCAGUUGUUGCACUCUGACAAUAGCUUGACCGCCACGGAUUAAGUCUGCAAUUGAAAAUUCAAGACUAGUUAGCGAGUGGCCAGACAGAUCCUUUUCAUUCUUGUCAAGUCUUCUUGAAUGUUGUGUUGGUUCUGCUGGUGGCACCUGGCCCUUGUCGACAGGUUCAUUCUCACAGGCAGGUGCGUUGGCAUUGCCUUUGCAGUAAGGUAAGGCUGAUGUGCUGUAUUAAAUUGAGCAGCAAUGUUAGGUUGUCUACAUCAGUUGCAGUUUUGUCUUGAUGUAUCGUUAUUAAUGAUUUUUGCUAUUGAGCUGGUCCUGAAUGUUUAGUUGAAUGGGCACUUUCUUAAGCGGAGGCAAUUUUAGCGAUUGCGGCUUGAAUUAUUAUAUUUUUUAUCGCAAGGUGCAUAUGACGGCGUGCAAACUUAUUGUCAUGAAGGAAAUAUUUCCCUUUGGACAAGAAUGCAGCUCCUUCACCGAGGGUUCAUUUAUUUGCUCCAGCAAACACUGCAUUGUUAGCGGCUUGAGACUGAUAUGGAAGUGUUUCCACUGCGUGGAGGUGCAAGGGCACGUCAAGUGUCUCCCUGCCCAAAUGAGCAAUGGCACGGUGCUCAGUCCUACUGGUGGCCCAUAGCCAGUGGUGGAAAUUCCACAUUCCCAUAGUGGAAGCCAAGUCUCUCCAUAGGAUGAUUGUGAGUCUUGCACUGUAGCCAUAGCAACCACCUGGCCUGGUAAGGAGUACCUUUAGCCUGGAAAGAAAAAAGUUUACCCAGAGGAGCCAAAGUUGGUGUUUCAAAGUAAUUCCUACCUCUGUACACAUUUACCUUCUUCACAGGUGGAUUAUAUGAUGGAGCACAUUGGGAAAAAUCACAGUUUUGUCAAAUGUAUACAUUUAUGGUAGCUGGGCCUCAUUGCACAGGCCAGAGGGUCAGAGUACCACGUUUCGGUAAACUUUAACACAAGAUGACAUAACAUUAAGUUCACAUGAUUAUCAAGGAAGAGGUGGUUCAAGAGGAGCCUUAGCAUUGUUAGGAUCUUCCCUUCAAGUGCUUUUGAAGUAUUAUAUCACACCAUUAAUACGGCCAAUGAAAAACACACGGUGGCAGGAAAUUCCAGUUAAAUAACUUCUGUAGAUAAACUUACAUGACGUCUGAAUGUGUCCUGAUUAGUUCCUGUUCUUAAAAAUAGAUAUAAUUUAAUCACUACUUUAACUCCAGCCUUUGUCAUAAAUAAUUGUAAAAAAUUGUCUAAGCAACACAGUCAACAUAGAAUCCGAGCCUGUUGUAUGGAAGGGAUAUGUAUUUAGAAUCUAGAUGGACGCAGUCCCAUGUAUGCAUGGGAAUGAUUCAAAAGUAUCUGUUUCAGGCUCUCCUUUGCAUUUUUCCCAGGAGGAAAUUAUUACCUAUGCCUAGCUCAGGUACCGGAGUGCAUCUUAUGUUUUGCUACAGCUGAUCGACAGGACUUCGUAGACGCAGAGUGUUGUAACUUGGGCAUAUCUUAGAAGGCAGCUGAAAUACCAUGUCCAUGCGGAUGCUGGAAAGACUCGAGUAUAAUUUUGGCUUAAAGAUAUUUAAUCUGUUGCAUUACUUCACUGGAAGAUAAUGUUCAUACACAAACUGCCAACACCCAUGGCUUGACUUGAGUUCGCAUGAGACCAGUGUCACCUUGUUAGGUCGAUGUAUCUUUAUUAGAGAUAUUUUUGCAGUGGCACUUGCCUUAUACAUGUAAAGGAUAUUUACAUUGCAGAACACGUACCUAGAUAGACGUUAGCAUAGGCUUUUUUUCUGUUUGUCCUCUUUAUAAUCUUGUUAUUUUCAAUAGGUGCGCAUAGCUAUCCGAGUUGCGUGCGUAUAAGUUAGUGUUAUAAAAAAAGAUUGUGACCUUGUUGGAUUCCUUUAAGUUGUUAAUCAUAGAAUUUUAAAGAUUACUUCGAUGUUAAGUACUGUUUUCACUAGGAUAACCAUUUGAGAUCUAAUGAUUUAUAUGGGAAUCAUCUUGGUAUCACAGCCUACUCAAGAGGCUCUUAAAGCUCUAAAAUAGGUAUUGACACUUUGCUCAUUAAGUUUUGACUUCAGGAAACCCUUUUUGCGUGCAACGGGCAGCUGAAUGUGGUUUUAGUUUAACUUUUGGAAUUGCACAUUGUGUCAGCGUAUCUCUAUAAAAAGAGGCUAAUCAUGAACAUUGUCACGGAUAGAGCAGAAGUAUGACAGAGUAACUGUGGAUGUGAGUAGCAGCUGAGGUGGGGGCAGGAGCUUGUUUUAUUGGUGCGUCACCUGAGUUCAGUGUGCCCUUACAGCAGUACACCGGAGAGCCAUGGACAGCACGUUAACUUGCUUUUACAAGAUGCUCACAGGAGCCAUAGGGACAGGUACUGUUGAUUUAUUUUGGGAUCUUUUCAUAGUAUACUCAAGAGGCCACUAGUCUGCUUUCCUUGUAGAUGCAGGUCGUUCAUAGUUUGUCAUUCCCCUAAUCAAAUUUCUUCACAAACCAAGGCUUGGGAGAGAAUUUUUUUUAUGUGUACUUGCUGUGGAAAACAUUAAAACAUUAAACGCUGUCAUGAGUGACACAGUUAAGGGUGAUUUUACGUGUAUGUUUUAUUUAUAUGUGAUGCUGCACGUAGAUAUAUUUUUUUACAUACUUUACCGCAACUUGGAGUGCAUUAUACAGUAUAAGAUGUCAACAUACCUUGGCAUUUACUGCAGGUAAUGCCUGAUUCGUAAACAUGAUUUAAAAUGACAGUAAGUAUACGUGGGACAAUCUGAAUAUCAAACAGCACGAGUGCUCCUUAAAAAAGAGGGUUUGCUUUCAAGACUUGAAUAUUUUAAUUGGCCACAUGCUUUCACGAACUUCAGGUUACGUGAAGUUAGCGACACGUCAUAUUUGCAUAUGAUGCGAAAAUAACACUGUCAAAGUGCAGAGUUAACAACGGCUGUGCAGUUUAUAUUAAUACAAAAUCCACUUUAGAUUGUAGCACUCCAUUUGCAUAGAUACAAGUUUGGCAUUUGGCAUGUUUCUAAAUUCUUAAUAACUUUGUAUUGUUUUUCAUAAUAUACUCGGAUAUCACAGGAGAAUGGGUAUUUCUUCUGCCAUGUUGCCAUGACCGCAUUUGACACAGCUUUUUUAAGUGCGUUCACCGAAACGGUGUGCCAUGAAAACAAUGGGAUUUGUUUGCAACUAUUUUUUUGGGUUAUAUAACACUGAAGUUAAUGAGUGAUGUUUGUUCCUUCACUGGAUUUUUGGACAAGGGGCAUCAUUUGAACAGAUGGAACAGUACCAAUGCCACGCAUUCCUGGGCCAUGAUAUUUAGGGACCUGCUUUUUGCUGCAUCAGCUGUUUUGAGUAGUUGGCAUGCAUACAGAGGACUUAAAUUAUGCUGAGAAUGGAAGUGUCAUUUGCCUAACUGUGCAUUGCUAUGUUUUACUACUUAUAAUGUCUUGUAAUAUUCUGGUGAUUUUCUGCACUGCUGGACAUUUUGGCACAGGACCUGAAGAAUUGUUAAUACAAUGUAUUGUUAUUGUUGUAAUUCGUUAGGGCUGGGAUUUAAUGUGUCAUUUUUGCAAUCAAUAUCAUGAACCUACAGUAGUGUCUCCUUGACAUGUACUGCUUACCGACGAUCGAUUUUGCAUCUUCAAUAAUCCGAUUAUGCAUGUUACAUUCGUCAAAUUACUUUACGGUCCAAAAAUAUGCACCCUUUUCAUUCUUGAUUGCGUCUUGUGCACGUCAUUGUCAACUUUUGUGAAUUAUGGAGCAGGUGGGAUGCUCCAUAGCCCUAUUCUUGCUUACCCCUCUCCAUAUCAGAGCGAGACUUUCUGUAAAUCCAUCAGUAUACUGUAACGCUAUAGGUUGAACAUAAUCUACAUUCCAGGGCAUCCGUUUUGUUUAUUUGACCUCUCUUCUAUCAAUACCUGCCCCAUAUUUUUUUUGUAGAAAUAUUAAUGCAAAUUGAAGCCUGAUCGAUUGUUUUGGGACAAUAAUCGGAGCAUGCCCCUUGUCUGGUUUUUUUCACUGUUUGAAACUGGUUAUAUGUCACAUUUUAAAUAGCGACAGUGUUUUAAAAACCUUUCAAUAGACACAUUUUAAAACAAUUUAAGAAGUACAUUUGUUGUAUGUAAAGUUAAAGUAUUAGUUAAAGUGUUAGUGUACUGGAUGACUGUCAUGUAGUUAAUAAUGUAAUUUUGUCCAUAUCCAAAAGUUUAAUCACUCGGCCUCGUAAGAUAGAGCGCAAUGCAUUUUUGCAUGCCGUGGCCCUAUCAUAAAUAUGUUCUCUCUCGCUUAUUAAGGCUGUCCCGUUCGAUAUUUAAUUAGGAAGUACAUUUAUGCUUAAUUUGCGAUUUGAUGUGCAGACUACAUAUUAAACACGCUGGUGUAGUAAUCAGUGUGGAGCAACAUUACAUGGAAACGAAUUAUUUUCUUACGAAGCAACGUAGUCUUAUCUAAAGUGUAAAUUGAACGUGCUCACUAUGACAGAACUUGAAUUCUCGUAUGAGCAGAACGAACGUACUCCUGUGCACAAGCACUAAAUGAAACCUAAUCAGGUGACAUCAGACUACUGUAUUCACUGGUUUCGUUCGUCAACCUGAGCAUUGAAUCCCAGCCCUAAUUAGUCCUUAGCACUUCAAAGGGAUGACUGCAAGGCUGUGUAGAUGAGAUGCACAUCCAAUGAACUUGCACGUGUCUAACUACAUCGGAAUUAUAAACUAAUUACUCUUAGACUGGAGGAUAAGAUGCCUCAAUUCCUUUAUAAAUCACAUGUAUGUGUUGUUGGCUGUGCACCCCUUGAUAGAAUCCUUUGGUCUCCUUAGACUAUUCCUAAUCAACAGGCGGUUGUGCUGUACUUUCACUGCUGUUCAGUCUUUAUUGGAGAAUUACAUGUUAUCUCUUCAGUUGGUAUUUCUCUACACAACUCUUGUCAAUUCCCAGUGAAACUUAAUACGUGGUCAAUUAACUGGAAGGUUUUUUUUUACAAUUUCCAUUGGAGUCUGUGUCGCUCUGUGUGCAACCUUGGCUAUGCUUGCUUGCUUGCAAAGCCACUUAAGACUUGCGGCCUGCCUGUAUCCAGUAGGAUUCCAAUAUCCAACACUCGUUAAAACAGUAAUAUGAAUGGGAAUUUUGACACGUUGCAAUGCUGUUGUUCAUAGUUCUAAACAACUGGCUGUUAAGGAGUGGCCUACAACACAUACAUGCCUUUUGUUGUGACAUGUAUGUUCAUUGUGGUGCCUUGCAGUGCGUUAUUACGUUUGGAUCUGUACAUGUUUAUUCCCAAUUAUUCAGCGUUGUACUUUUAGGAUUAAACAGGACCCUUAUGCAUUUGCAAGGGAAGGAUGCACUUUGUUGUUGUAUACAAAAACAAUGCUAUGGAGAAUGAGGAACGAUUGCAUAAGAAAUCAAAUGUACCAGCAAUUUUAAUAAGCAUUUUUUCGCAUGCACAAUGGUAACACGGCCAAAACAUUGACAGCCCUGUGCUUGCAUUCCCAAGCAUGGUUUGAAUUUCCUCUUAUUUGUGCAAACUAUAAAUGCUGAUGCAGCUCAGCAGUCAAUCAGAAUAGGAAUGGGUGGAAUGGCCUUGGUGCACAUCGGCUGGGACUCGGUGCAUAAAUUCCAGAAGUACAGAUGCCACUUGUAGAGAUGGGUUGGUGCAGGAAAUCUUGGGUAUGUGGUGGUGUGAGGUACUCAUGUGUGUGCAGGUGAUGUUUACAACAUCCCAGAGCAGGAUUUUCACAUUGUGUUGCCUGUUUAUCAUAAGUUUGCAUGAGUAUAUUUAUUUGGAUUAUACAUUUAGCCUUGCAGUAUUCUGGUAUUGCACAAGGAUUAAAAAUAGUGUGUGUGUGUGCGUGCGUGCCAUACUGCACAAUGUAUACAAUUUGAUCAACACAUUAUCGCAUUCAUAUCAAUGUUCAUUUUAGAAGAAAACGAGCGGGAUUUGUUUUCUAAGCACCAAUGGAAUUCUGAAAUCACAAGCGAAUGUGUAAUAAUAUAGGUUUAAAACAAAUAACGUGGCACAUCAAGUACUGGUUUGGUAUCAGUCGUCUGUUUUGGCAAUUUGAUGGUUGUGUGCAUUUUAUGUACGUGUGUAAUACUGUUUGUUAAAAGCCAUACAUGCACUUUGUGCACUUUAUUUAAACAUUCUGAUCAAAAUGCUCGAUGGCACAAGGUGUCCUUGAAAGGUGCAGAUAUACCUGUUAUACCUGCAAAAAUAAGUUUUGUCCUUUAUGUACGUGUGAUAUAUGUUUAUGCAAGUUGAAAUGUUGCAUUUUUAGUAUUGGGUAGGUUUUUAAUGGUCAUAAUUAGCACAAUUUGGAAAAAAUGACCAAAUUUGUAUGUUGAACUCCUUUCGCACCGUACGUAGCUAAUCGCGUAGGUGCGUAAUGUCAUUUGGAUUACACUUCACAGUCAUCGCCCCCCUAUUGCUCAACCAAUGUCCACUCGCAGGUCGGUACCAAUUCCCCUUGUGCCACACAGGGGACAGCUGCCACUGGAGGGGGGGGGGGGGAUCCCCUUUGAAUGUUUGAUGUGUAGCAAGGCACAGCGUUUCCGAGGUAUUAUAGCACCACGUAAAUACAAAGAUUAUGAGUGUAUAUUUUUUCAAAUGCGUGCAACUGCCUACAUUAUUACCGGCAUCCAUUUCCAUUUGUGUUCCGUUUGUGUUUUUUAAACUGUGUUUUAACAUUGUUUAUUGCUUACUAAAGGUGUUUUAGUGUGUUAAGCAAGGUAACUUUUAUGUGGUUCAUAAUACCGUUUUUUGGGUUCGAUUGCAUUUCAUGUGCUUUCAUGUGGUUGUUGGUCAAUUGCUUUUUAUUACAGGCUGGAGGCACAGCGUUUUUUUGGUGUGGUUUUGAGUGAUUAACGGUCAUCGUAAAACCUUUUCCCAGGUAUAGGUUACGACAUGGACCAGGAACAAGGCUCGCUCAACCUUCUGGAUGUGCAGAUUCCCCUUGGGGAAAUAACGUGUUUGUACUCGUCAUGCCUCGUCUCAGUAGUAACCGAGAGUUCUCAGGGAACGUGCCACACACACGGGGGGACCAAGCUGUUUUUUUUUGUAAUGAUCACUUACCGACAGAUUUGAUUCUCUUGCAGAUUUCUUAUCAUCACUCUUCAAUGGAGACUGCAGGACGCAACUUUCCAUUUCCUUCAGACCACCCCACUUAACAUUUUGUUCAUUGCAGCGUUUUGAGUGUUUUCUUCAUCAGGUGUGACUGUAUGGUGGAAGACGGUUUCCCUUCAUCUCCAAUGUUGUGUGUUUGUGGGCUCCUCAUCUACACUGUCGGAUUGGUAAAUAAAAACAAGCGUGGAUUCAUUUAAAACUCAAUUCAUAACGUCUCACGUGUUUGUGUGUUUUCAGGUGAAGCAGCAUUAACCCUUGCUGCAGCAUGUUUUGUUAAUUGUAUGUAAAAAGCCAUUAAUUUUUUUUAAAGUGAAGUGUUUGGCUUGAGCUUUGUGAAUCGCGGUUGAUCAAUGUGUAGAACUUGCCAACUGUUGGAGAUGCCCUGCUGGCCUGUGCAGGGUCUUGUAUGUGUACUCAAUUUACUUGCAGGAACAAGUGAAGUCAUCCUACCUGGGCCUCCAGUGAUUUUCCUAUCGAAGUGGAUUUGGGAUUUUAACACCACUGGUUUCAUUACACAUUGCAUUUUUUGGAAACCAACUGAACUUUGUAAUCUUAUAUUAAGAUCUUAAAAAGUGUGACAUGUCGAGUUUUAAGAACUGAAAUUCCAUUGUUCAUCAAUACAUGGAUACUGGAACACGUAUUGCACUGUGUGUAUUACAUCUGCCUUAUCUGAUAUUCUGAUAUUUGUAUUAAAGAAACAUUCUACUUCUAUAAGACUUUUUAAACCUGAAUAUGAUAAAUAAUUGGCUACUUUGUUUAUUUUAGCACCUGGAUGCUGGAUCUUGUAUUGUACUAUGUGCAUGACAUUUAAAUCUUCUGAUAUUCAGGAUUUUGUAUUAAAGCAACGUUCUAUUUUUAUACUAUGAAGACUUUGUAAAGCUGAAUGUUUUUAAAUAAACACAUUUCAAAAGGCAA